AUGAAGUUCACUGCUACUGUUACGGCGGUGAUCGCCUUCAUAUUCUCUGAGGCUGUCUAUGCUGCUCCUGGAAAGUCCGACAGUGCUUUCGGGCAUCUUCUAGAAGCCCGCGAUAAGCGUUGCGGCUCUGGCAUUGGCAGCUGUGACGAAGGCGAAUGCUGUUCAGAGUCUGGCUACUGUGGGACUUCUACAGAGUAUUGCGCAGGAUCGCAAUGCCAGCUCGACUAUAGCGACUCCUGCGACACACAAACCAGCCCUCCAGGACAAAGCACCGAAAGUGUCUCUCGAACACGCGUUGGCGAUGUCCCAUAUGCUUCUACAAUAACUCAAUGCAACAGCCCGGGUCAUGUUGCUUUGACAUUUGAUGACGGACCCUACGAUUAUACAGAUAAGCUCCUUGACAUUCUUGAAGAGCAUAAUGUUAAAGCAACCUUUUUCAUUGCGGGGAAUAACAGAGGUAAGGGUCGUAUAGACGACGAAUCAACAGACUGGCCCCCCAUCAUUCGACGUAUGCAUGAUGCUGGGCACCAACUCGCAAGCCACACCUGGACACAUCGCAAUCUUAACGAGAUUUCCAAGGAAGUUCGAGAAACAGAAAUGAUCUACAAUGAAAUGGCGUUCCGCAAUCUCCUUGGGGUUAUACCAACUUAUAUGCGUCCGCCGUUUCUAGAGUGUAGUGCGAAAUCGGGGUGCAUUGACACAAUGGACAAGCUUGGCUAUCACAUUAUCAGCACUAACCUUGACACCAAGGAUUAUGAAAACGAUGAUGCUUCGUUGAUUCAAGUCUCCAAGAAUCGCUUCUCCUCUAUGCAAUUGACAGAUGAAACUGAUCAUGACUAUAUCGUCCUCGCACAUGAUGUCCACUAUCAGACAGUUGUGAACCUUACCGAGUAUAUGAUCGAGGUCAGUAAAGGCCGAGGAUACAAGCUUGUGACUGUUGGUGAAUGCCUUGGCGACCCAUCUCAGAAUUGGUAUCGCUCUGCGCCGUCUAAACGCGAUACUGAUUCGAUAGUUGGGCCGAGGGACGACACCAAAGGUGAGGAUGAGCCUGCUAUCUCAGAAGAUCAAAGAUGUGGUAGCAAAUUUGGUGCAACUUGCAAAGGCUCCAUAUAUGGCAAAUGCUGCUCAUACUAUGGCUAUUGCGGCAAUAGUAUAAAACACUGCGGAACUGGGUGUGAUUCUAGAUAUGGAGAUUGCGCCGUCCAGAUGAGACCCAGAGCAAAUCUCGCUAUUUUUAACACGACGAAUGGCCUUUGCGGGGAUCAGUUCUCAGCUACGUGUAAGAACUACAAAAACAAAACUUGCUGCUCCAAGUUUGGUUUCUGUGGCAAUUCAAGCGCUCACUGCGCUGUGGGAUGUCAAAAGAGCUAUGGCAAUUGCUGGAAAGUCAUGAAUGACAGCGAAUAA